AUGUCAUUACAGCAACAGCAGCAGCAACAAGAAUCACAGGAGCAAGAACUGUGCCUGGAACAGCAGCAACAGCAGCAGCAACAAGAAUCACAGGAGCAGGAACUGUGCCAGGAACAGCAUCUGGAACAGCAGCAGCAGGAGCUACAGGAGCAGGAACAGCAUCUGGAACAGCAGCAGCAAGAGUCACAGGAGCAGGAACUGCAUCUGGAACAGCAGCAGCAGGAGCGACAGGAGCAGGAACUGCACUUGGGACAGCAUCUGGAACAGCAGAAGGAGGAGCCAAAGGAGCAGAAAAUACAGCAGCAGCAGCAAGAGGAACAGUGUGAGGAACAUCAGGAAGCAAAAAAUCUGGAGCAGCAGCUGGAGCAGGUGAAAGCACAAAGGGAGCAGCAGCAAAAGGAACAGCUGGAACAGGAAAAGAAGCUCUUGGACCAGCAACUGGAUCAAGAGCUAGCAAAGAGAAAUGAGCAAUUGAAAAAGAAAGAAGAGCAGCUGCUGGAACAGCAGGAGCAGCCGCUGGAACAGCAGGAGCAGCCACCAGAGCCAGCAGAGCAGCAGGAGGGGCAGGUGGAGUGGCCUGCAUUUGUCCCAGUUCCUGGCCAGGACCAAGAGACCCAGCCAGUUCAGUCACCGAAGGGAGAAGUCUUACCCCUCACAAAGCAGCAACAGCAGAAGCAGGAGCUGUAUGGCCCCCCAAAACAUAAGUAAGCACUCCCAGUAUCCCAGAGGCUCUCAGGCCAUCCCACACAAGUGAAGAGAGAGCCAGUGGCCUCACUAAUUUCAGGUCCCCAGCCUGGGUGGCCUGCCUCAUCUGUGAACCUGCCUGACCCUGUCCUUCUGUUUCUUUGAUGGGGCUGGGGGAAGGGGAAGUUAUUGUUCAGCAACCACCCCUAAUGAACUCGGCCCCAAUCUCAGGUGGCCAAAUCCUCUGCCUAAGGAGACAGUUACCAUACUAACUCUGACUUCAUCCCCAGUAUUAUAGUUGAAUCUGUGAGUGUGUACAAUAAUACAGAAUAAAUCCUGGAAGUCCUUGGA